ACGCACGCACGUCGGGGAGCUGGUGCCCGGAGCCGCGGAGGCUGCGGUCUUGGCCGCGGCGGCUGCUGGUGGGCACGGGGCCGCCGACGAGAGGUUGGAGAGAAAUCCAGGUACUCAGUUAACUGGUACUUUCUACCACCAUGGGGGAGCUUUUCCGGAGUGAGGAGAUGACACUGGCCCAGCUUUUUUUACAGUCAGAAGCUGCUUAUUGUUGCGUCAGUGAACUAGGAGAACUCGGAAAGGUUCAGUUUCGUGAUUUAAAUCCAGAUGUGAAUGUUUUCCAGAGGAAAUUUGUGAAUGAAGUUAGAAGAUGUGAAGAAAUGGAUCGAAAGCUUCGAUUUGUUGAGAAAGAGAUAAGAAAAGCUAACAUCCCAAUUAUGGACACUGGUGAAAACCCAGAGGUGCCCUUCCCCCGGGACAUGAUUGACUUAGAGGCCAAUUUUGAGAAGAUUGAAAAUGAACUGAAGGAAAUCAACACAAACCAGGAAGCUCUGAAGAGAAACUUCCUGGAACUGACUGAAUUAAAAUUUAUACUUCGCAAAACUCAGCAAUUUUUUGAUGAGGCUGAAUUGCAUCAUCAGCAGAUGGCGGAUCCAGACCUGUUGGAAGAGUCCUCAUCCCUCCUGGAGCCAAGUGAGAUAGGAAGAGGCACGCCUUUAAGACUUGGCUUCGUGGCUGGUGUGAUUAACCGGGAGCGCAUCCCUACUUUUGAGCGCAUGCUUUGGCGGGUGUGCCGGGGGAAUGUAUUCCUGCGACAGGCUGAAAUCGAGAACCCCCUGGAGGAUCCUGUGACUGGCGACUACGUGCACAAGUCUGUGUUUAUCAUUUUCUUCCAAGGUGAUCAACUGAAAAAUAGAGUCAAGAAAAUCUGUGAAGGGUUCCGAGCUUCACUCUACCCCUGUCCCGAGACACCACAGGAAAGGAAGGAAAUGGCUUCCGGAGUUAAUACCAGGAUUGAUGAUCUCCAAAUGGUUCUGAAUCAAACGGAGGAUCACCGCCAGAGGGUUCUGCAGGCAGCUGCUAAGAACAUCCGGGUCUGGUUCAUCAAGGUGCGGAAGAUGAAGGCCAUCUACCACACCCUGAACCUGUGCAACAUAGACGUGACGCAGAAGUGCCUGAUCGCAGAGGUCUGGUGCCCCGUUACCGACCUUGACUCCAUCCAGUUUGCACUCAGAAGGGGCACGGAACACAGUGGUUCCACUGUGCCCUCUAUUUUGAACAGGAUGCAGACAAACCAGACUCCCCCAACCUAUAACAAAACCAACAAGUUCACAUACGGCUUUCAGAACAUAGUAGAUGCUUAUGGAAUUGGAACUUACCGAGAGAUAAAUCCAGCUCCAUAUACUAUCAUCACUUUCCCUUUUCUAUUUGCUGUGAUGUUUGGAGACUUUGGCCAUGGCAUUUUGAUGACCCUUUUUGCUGUAUGGAUGGUGUUAAGGGAGAGCCGGAUUCUGUCCCAGAAGAAUGAGAAUGAGAUGUUUAGCACUGUGUUCAGUGGCCGGUACAUUAUUCUAUUAAUGGGCGUGUUCUCCAUGUACACUGGCCUCAUCUACAAUGAUUGCUUUUCCAAGUCUCUUAAUAUCUUUGGGUCAUCCUGGAGUGUACGGCCGAUGUUUACUAAUUGGACGGAUGAGACACUUCGGGGGAACCCUGUUCUCCAGCUGAACCCAGCCGUCUCUGGAGUUUUUGGUGGACCCUACCCUUUUGGCAUCGAUCCGAUUUGGAACAUUGCUACCAAUAAACUGACCUUCCUUAACUCCUUUAAGAUGAAGAUGUCUGUUAUCCUUGGUAUCAUCCACAUGCUGUUUGGAGUCAGCCUGAGCCUUUUCAACCAUGUCUAUUUCAAAAAGCCCCUGAAUAUCUACUUUGGAUUUAUUCCUGAAAUAAUCUUCAUGACCUCUUUGUUUGGCUACUUGGUUGUCCUUAUUUUUUAUAAGUGGACGGCCUAUGAUGCUCGUACGUCGGAGAACGCCCCAAGUCUGCUGAUCCAUUUUAUAAACAUGUUCCUCUUUUCCUACCCGGAAUCUGGUAAUGCGAUGCUGUAUUCUGGACAGAAAGGAAUUCAGUGUUUCCUGGUAGUGGUUGCGUUCCUGUGCGUACCUUGGAUGCUGCUAUUUAAGCCACUGGUCCUUCGCCAUCAGUAUUUGAGGAGGAAGCAUUUGGGAACUCUCAACUUUGGUGGGAUCAGGGUGGGCAACGGACCAACAGAGGAGGAUGCUGAGAUUAUUCAGCAUGACCAGCUCUCCACCCAUUCAGAGGACGCGGAAGAGCCUACCGAGGACGCAGUGUUUGACUUUGGGGACACCAUGGUCCACCAGGCCAUCCACACCAUCGAGUACUGCCUGGGCUGCAUCUCCAACACAGCCUCCUACCUGCGGCUCUGGGCCCUUAGCCUCGCUCAUGCACAGCUCUCGGAGGUGCUUUGGACCAUGGUGAUCCACAUCGGCCUGAGCGUGAAGAGCUUGGCAGGAGGGCUGGCGCUGUUCUUCAUCUUUGCCGCCUUUGCCACCCUGACUGUGGCCAUCCUUCUGAUCAUGGAGGGCCUCUCGGCAUUCCUCCAUGCCCUGCGGCUACACUGGGUCGAGUUCCAGAAUAAAUUCUACAGCGGGACGGGUUUCAAGUUCCUACCCUUCUCCUUCGAGCACAUUCGAGAAGGGAAGUUCGAGGAGUGAGCCCUGCUGGGCUGCGUGCCCCAGGCCACCCUCCCUGCUGCUCUCCACAGGGAUCGGCUGUGCUCCUUUUGCCUGUUGGUUGUGCUCCCCGGGCACCAGGGCAUUUGUGUCACCGUGCCACCCUCCCCUAGCUGUCUGUGAGUACUUAGAUAGAACCAGCCUCUGUGGGUCUCCCGGCACCCCCAGCUUUGUGUGUAGUGUGGUGAUUUUCUAGACAGAAGCUGGGCUCUGGCUGUCACUCACACCUCUGGGCACCAGCCUUCCCUCCUGACCUCCAUCCAGCCACAUAGCCCUUCUCUGUCCCCUGGUGGUGAAGCAGUCUGUGCAUCCACAGGGAGCCGGGGGGCCUUUGGGCUUCCAAGCUCAGGGUGGGUGGGAGUGGCACCUGUGCUAUCCACACCUAGCCUUUGAGCCCGCACCCCUGCCACUGGAGUUGCUGGCUGGGGGGAAGGCUGGAGAGGAGCCUACAGGUUCUGUCCCAGAAAGGGAUGCUCUUCAACAUGCCCACUCUUGGGCUAGGAGGGGCGGGCGCAGGAAGAUGGUACUUUUGUCGUUUGCUCACCCCCCUCCAUUGUUUGUGAAUCAGGAAUUCAGCUGGACUCAUCUGGGCCAUCAUAACUGGCUUCUCCCUGUUGCCCCCAAGGGUCCCAGAAUACCAAACACCACCUUCCUAACCCCCACCCUACACUCCCACCCUCUCUUCCUCCCUCCCUGUCUGCACCAGCACAACAUGGUGCAUGCCCUGGGACAGAGGUCUUGGCUGGCUGGCAGCACGCUGGGCUUCCCUCCCUUGGUUGGCUACUUCCCAGGCUGCAGGGCCCCUUCCACAAACAUGCUGUCCAGUGGAGGCUUCAGACUGAUGCUCGUUCCUGGUGGAGACCUUGAGCCCUUCCCCACCGCAAUCAUGUCUUGAGUGCAGGCUGUCGUUGUCAAGGCUGGUUCUGCCUGCAGACCUGCCUCACUCUACCCACCAGUACCCUCUCCCCACUUCCACACUGACCCCAAGUCUCGGGAGCGGUAUCCUGGGCAUGGAGGGUCAGCGUCAUGUAGGGUUUGCUGGAGGCGACCGGCAGGGCUGCGGAUGCAUGUGGGUAUGAGAGCCACGCAGCCCUGCCCAGAGACCCCUCCCUGUCACCCUGGACUGGGUUGUGGAUCUUAGGGCCUUCUUUCUAAUCAUGUGUUGGCGCAGCAGCCCUGGAUGCUGUAGCUAAAUUCUUCCCCGCCACCUUCAGUGGUAGAGAUAAGCUCCUGAAUUGCCUGGGCCCAUGCCCUCCCCCGAGCUGGGGGGAGUGAGCAGCUGGGCCAGCCUUGGGCGUGGGCCGCCCUGCCCCAGCUUCACUGUGUGCUGGCCCUCUGCGACCUGACCCAGACCUUGUGUAGACCCCUCCUCUCUCGUCCCCUGGUUUAUGUGAUGAUCUUUGCUCUGUUUACAGUGGGGUUAGAUGCAGAGUUCUCUGUCAGGGAACCCUGCCCAAGGCCCUUCUGUUCAGACAUUCCUGUACUGAAUAAAGUGUGUUUGACUCUA